CGUGACCAUCGAUAUGAACCCUCCGCUUCCGGUAGCGCUUCCUUUUCGGCAGCGGCUAUUUCCUCGCCAACAUGCCACUUGCAAAAGACUUGUUGCACCCGUCCCCUGAGGAGGAGAAGAGGAGGCACAAGAAGAAGCGCCUGGUCCAGAGUCCCAACUCCUACUUUAUGGACGUGAAAUGUCCAGGAUGCUACAAGAUCACUACGGUGUUCAGUCACGCCCAGACGAUGGUUCUGUGUGUGGGAUGUUCAACGGUCCUCUGCCAGCCCACCGGAGGCAAAGCCCGUCUCACAGAGAGUUGCUCGUUCAGGAGGAAGCAGCAUUAGCGAGUCUCCGCUCUGAACGGGAGAGGGAGGGGCUGGAGCGGUCGAUGUCAGCGAG